AUGUCGUUGGUCAGCGGCACCUCCCCUUUUGCUCAGUGGUUAUCACAAUCAUACCGUACGUUGGCGACAUCUUCUUGCGCCUUUCGUGCGCGGUCGUGCGUCUCCGUCCUCCGCAUCUCCCGCUAUCCCCUGCACCUUUAUACGACAUGCCCCAACCUUCCGACAUCCGCGCCCAGCCUCAAUCCUCCGCUCCCCAUCAUCCGUCGCCACUGCGUCGAUGACGUUUGA